AUGUCCAAGUCUCUGAAAAAGUUGGUGGAAGAGAGCCGGGAGAAGAACCAGCCGGAAGUGGACAUGAGUGACCGGGGCAUCUCUAACAUGCUGGACGUCAACGGCCUGUUCACCCUGUCCCACAUCACACAGCUGGUCCUCAGCCACAACAAGCUAACGACUGUGCCACCAAACAUAGCAGAAUUGAAGAAUCUGGAAGUGCUUAACUUUUUUAAUAACCAGAUUGAGGAGCUGCCCACACAGAUCAGCAGUCUUCAGAAACUCAAACACCUGAACCUGGGCAUGAAUAGACUAAACACUCUGCCUCGAGGAUUUGGAUCGCUUCCGGCUCUGGAGGUCCUUGAUUUGACUUAUAACAACUUGAAUGAAAAUUCUCUUCCUGGAAACUUCUUCUACCUGACCACCCUGCGUGCACUCUAUCUAAGUGACAACGAUUUUGAAAUCCUGCCACCAGAUAUCGGGAAACUCACAAAGUUGCAGAUACUCAGCCUUAGGGAUAACGACCUGAUCUCGCUGCCUAAGGAAAUCGGGGAGCUUACUCAGCUUAAGGAGCUCCACAUUCAAGGGAACCGCCUGACCGUUCUGCCCCCAGAACUAGGAAACUUGGAUUUAACUGGUCAGAAGCAGAUAUUCAAAGCAGAGAACAAUCCCUGGGUUACCCCUAUCGCUGACCAGUUCCAGCUUGGCGUGUCCCAUGUUUUUGAAUACAUCCGCUCCGAGACGUACAAAUACCUCUACGGCAGACACAUGCAGGCAAACCCAGAACCGCCAAAGAAAAAUAAUGACAAAUCGAAAAAGAUCAGCCGGAAACCCCUGACAGCCAAGAAUAAAUAA